AGUUGGGCUCAAUUUUCAUGGGGUGCUGGCUGGGAAGACGCGUCAGUAAGGACCAUGUUGGCCAUAGAGAGUGGGAUGACCCAGGAUGAGGUCAACAAAUGCUCGCUGGCUGCGAGCAACGCGUGGGCAGAUGAGUGCAUGGCGAAGGCGAUCGCGCCCUCGAAGGCCAAUGUACAGGCGGUGGCCGUGCGUGGCGCAGGCCCAGCCAACGACAAGCUCACAGUGAAGACCGAUCCAAGUGAUGUGAUGACUGUGGCCAGCACCCGCCCAGAGUUUGAGAAAGUGUGGAACACCUACGGCAGCAGCGCUGGUUCGGGGAGUUGCUCCAUCCCCAUCUACUACAAACACCGGAGGAUUGAGCUGGCGACUAGAGCUGUAAGGAUGGACAAAGAUCACGCGGCGCUUGAGGAGGCAGCGAGCUUCCAAGCGAAGCGCGAAGCCCAAAUCCUCGCCGACGAAGCGACCACCGACAAGAAGCGUGCCAAGCGGCAAAAGAGAAGAGAUGCCAAAGUCAAGAAUCUGCAAAUGAAAAAGGAAGCUGAUGGAAUCAACCAGUUUGGGAGUGAUGGAAGCUUUUUAGAGAUGAUGGCAAAGAUGGAUCCGAAGGCCUUGGAGGCCGAAGUGCAGAAGACCAAAGAGCAGGCGCAGCAGGCCGCCAAGGAGGCAGCGGCCGCGAAAGCGUCAACCAUUUCGGUGUCGCAGAUGAGCUCGACACAAAACAUCACCAUCCGCGACGAUGACUUCUGAAAUCUUCAUGUCCAGCCCUGUCCAGCUUCCAAAGCGGAGUCAUUGGCUUCAGAGUUGUUUGGCA